AUGCAACUUUAUGGUACCAUUCCUCCGCACAUUGGAAACCUCUCAUUUAUUUCUUCCCUUGACAUCAGUAACAACACUUAUCAUGGAGAUUUUCCACAAGAAUUGGCUCGUUUGCAGAGGUUGAUAUCAAUUAAUGUCACAAGCAAUAACUUCACUGGAGCCAUUCCAUCAUUUUUAAGUUUGUUACCAAACCUACGCUUUGUGCAACUAUCAAGCAACAAAUUUUGUAGGAAAAUUCCAUCCUCCCUUUCCAAUAUAACAAAGCUGCAAAUGUUAUUCUUGGAGAGAAAUUUUCUUGAAGGAGAGAUCCCUCGAGAAAUCGGCGAUCUUUGUUACUUGACUAUCCUAGACCUGCAAAAUAAUCAACUUAGUGGCUCUAUACCACCAUCCAUUUUUAACAUUACUACAAUGCAUGUGAUUGCUCUUACGGACAACAAUCUUAUUGGAAAUCUUCCUAUAACUAUAUGUGAUCAUCUUCCAGACUCGAAAGGACAUUACCUCAGUAAAAACUCCCUAGAUGGAGUUAUUCCACCAAACCUGGAGAAAUGCAGAAAGCUUCAAAAAUUGGAAUUGGGUGACAUACCAAUGGAGUUCGGUAAUCUUAAGAAACUUCACGAGUUGGAUUUAGCACAGAAUGAGCUAACUGGCUCUGUUCCUCAAAACAUUUUCAACAUGUCAGCACUGAAGAAUAUAGAUUUUGGAGAAAACAAGCUUUCAGGUACACUACCUUCAAAUUUAGGUCGUGGAAUGCCCAAUCUAGAAAUAUUUUUUUGUGGAGGAAAUAAUUUGAGUGGUUUUAUCUCUGCUUCAAUCUCAAAUUCAUCAAAACAUAGACAACUUGACCUCUCACGAAACAGUUUCACAGGUACAAUUCCUAAAUCACUUGGUAACUUAGAAUACCUUGAGUUACUUCACUUGCUGUCGAAUAAUUUUGUCAGCGAUUCAACAUUGAGCUUCCUUGCAUCAUUGAAAAACUGUAGGAAUCUAAGAUCACUCACAUUAGCAGGUAAUCCGUUAGAUGGUGUAUUGCCUGCAUCUGUUGGUAAUUUCUCAAACAUCCUGCAAAUUUUUGAAGCAUCUAAAUGUAAACUGAGGGGUGUCAUUCCUCGAGAAAUUGGUAAUCUUACUGGACUGACAAGGAUUGGUAUGUUUAACAAUGAGUUAACUGGACAUAUUUCAAAUACUGCUGGGCCUUUUCCUCCAAGUUUAUCAGUCGAAUCAUCAUCUACAUAUGCUUCUAGUGUAUCGCCGAAGGUCAGUUAG